UAUUCUUGCAAAGAGUCUGAACCCUUGUGGCUCAAAGGUCUCCUGGCAUAUGUAACUCAGCAUGACACCAACACCAUGUUUAAAAUUUUCCUCUUUGGUCUCCCCAAGUUUCCAUCUCCUAAUACCCCAAGGAUGUCUAUAAAGAGAAGAGAUGGGUUAGACUCCAAGAAGGAGCCAACAGCUUCAAGUCUCCAGGUCCUAGCUCUACUUGGCCAUCAGUGAGCUCCACUCUACCUGCCCAGCAUUAUGGAGAUCCCAGGGGCUUCCCUCAUCAUCCUGCUCCUUGCUGCAGCCCUCUGCUCCCAGACCUGCUCUGCCUCAUUUGGUGCUGACACCCCGACUGCCUGCUGCUUCUCCUACACUUCCCGGCAGAUUCAGCGCAAAUUUGUGGACAGCUAUUAUGAGACCAGCAGCCAGUGCUCCAAGCCUGCUGUCGUCUUCCUAACAAAAAGGGGCCGGCAGGUCUGUGCCAACCCCAGUGAUGCCUGGGUCCAGGAAUACGUCACAGACCUGGAGCUGAAUUUCUGAGUGGAAGCAAGGAAGGUGUUACAUCUGAGGACGGUCUGAGGAGCAGAGCUCUGAGCCAGGACAAUGACCCUGCAACCCCAGAAGCCACCUCUUCUAUGGGUUGCCACCCCAGGCCACACGCUGGGACCCUCCUUAACUUUUAGUUUAAGUAUCUUAUUUAAUUUUUGUAAUUUAUUUCCACUGUUGAAUUGUGUUAUGUAAUAAAUGUUUUCUUUAACAUCUCUUGACAUUGUCUUCACUGUUCCUCCAUCUUCCCCUUCAAUCUUCUCACAUUCGAUGUGGGGGCCGAUGAGUGUGAUUAACUUUCUCUUGGGAAAAAUUGUACUAAAUAAUAUCAAACACCAAAUGCUUAUUGAAUGAUUCAACCCAGCACUGUGUUUUGAAAUAUUGAAGGUACUUACAUAAAAGGAAAACCAGCAUUUACCUAGUGAAGGCAGUAUUAAUUUUGUUUUCCCAGCGAAUCCAAAUCACGGGUUGAGAGGAAUAGUGGGGGAAAAGUAGGGAAAAAUGAAAACGGACAGAAACUGGAAGAAAAAGAUUGAGUACUAUUAUACUGAUACCAAACUUCUCCUUGGAGAUACUUUCCUGCACAUUAUUUUAUAAAGAAAUCGUAACUAAUAAGAUCUAGGAAAAAUUUCUACUUAACUGAAUACCAAGAUGAAUCAUACUGUGGUGUCUAUUUAUGAGCUUAAGUUCAUCUUCAUAAAUCAGAUUGAUGGCUAACAUUUGUUGAGGACUCACAACAUGCUGGGUUCGGUGUCAAGUGCUUAUAUUAGUUAAGGUUUAGCAAACCCCACUCAUAGUCUAGCAAGGAUGCUCUGCCUGGCAGUUGACUGAGAACGCUGGUCAACUUCUCAGUUGUUCUUAACUCUGCUUUCAGGGAGAAUGUUCUCCGUGGCUGUAUCUGAGGUGAAGCUUGGGGACUAGGGUGGCCAUAGCUAGCAAAUAAAAAUACACGAUUGAUUUUUUUUUUUUUAGUGUAAAUAUGUCUGAUAAAAUAUUUGGGAUGUACUUACCCAAAAAAUUGUACAUUAUUUAUCUGAACUUCAAUUUGAUUGAGUAUCCUGUAUUUUAUCUGGUAACCCUACAUGGGAUAGAUAUCUUUUAUAAAGGCUACAUAUAUUUUGGAAACCCUGGUGGCGUAGUGGUUAAGUGCUACAGCUGUUAACCAAAGCGUCGGCAGUUCAAAUCCACCAGGUGCUCCUUGGAAACUCUAUGGGGCAGUUCUACUCUGCCUUACAGGGUCUCUAUGAGUUGGAAUCGACUCAAUGGCAACGGGUUUGGUUUUUUUGGUUUUAUAUAUUUCUUGUUGGGGAUGAAUGCAUGGAUUGGCUUAAGUGGGCAGCAGUGCUUUUCAACCUUGAAUUCACAUUCAAAUCACUUGGGGAGCUUUCAAAACUGCAAAGCCAGGACCUCACCUCUGAAGUUGCUAAUUUAGUUGGACUUAGGCAAGAGUCUUGGCUGUACAGUGGUUAAGAGCUUGGCUGCUAACCAGAAGGUCAGCAGUUUGAAUCCAUCAGCUGCUCCUUGGAAACCUGUGGGGCAGCUCCUCUCUGUCCUAUAGGGUUGCUAUGAGUGGGAAUCAACUCAAAUCAACUCGAUGGCAACAAGUUAUUUUGGUUAGGCAGUAGCUGGGCUUCAGUAAUUUUAGAACUCCCCAGGCGAUGUUAAUGUGCGGCCAAGUUUGAGAAACAGUGUUGAAGUUCAGUCCCAGGCUGCUUUGGCCAGCCUUGGAGUUUCAGAAAUAACAGAACUUCCUUCCUUGUUUUGAAUGCCUCUAGUACAUUUUCUUAUGGUCACUUACACUGGGUGGUAUAUCAGGUCAGAAUUCUGAUAAAUCCAAUGUACAUAUUAGUUGUAUAUAAUGUAUGCAUAUAUUGGUUUUACACACACACACACACGUGUGCACACGCACACAGGUAUAUGAAUGAUAUGUUUUACAUGUCUAUAUUUGGAGAUACCUAUAUGCAUAUAUAUAUAUACAUAUGGAGCACCGGUGGUGCAGCAGUUAAGAGCUAUGGCUGCUAACCAAAAGGUCAACAGUUUGAAUCCACCACCCGCUCCUUGGAUGGGACGGUUCUACUCCGUCCUUUAGGGUCGCUAUGAGUCGGAAUUGCCUUGACUGCAACAGGCUUGUUUUUAUAUACAUAUAUGGUGUGUGCGUAUCUCUGUGUGUGUAAUAAAGAUUUAUUUUAAGGAAUUGGCUCAUGUGAUUUUGGGGGCUGGCAAAUUUGAAAUCCAUGAGACAGGCUAGAAGCUCAGGCAGGAGUUGAUACUGCAAUCUUGAGGCAGAAUUUCUUCUUCUUUGAGAAACCUGAGUUUUUGCUUUAAGGCCUUCCAAGUGAUUGCAUGAGGCCUAUCCACGUUAUUGAGGGUAACCUCCUCUACUUAAAAUCAGUUGAUUGUAGAUGUUAACCACAUCUAUGGGAUACCCUCACAGCAACACCUAGAUUAGUGUUUGACUAAAUAGCUGGCCUGGCCAAGUCGACACAUAAAACUAACUAUUACGGGUAGUUAAUCAGAAACAGAAAAACUGUGAUAGUGUUGCAUCAAGAACUGGGCCUGGGAGUGUGGGUCUCCCAGCACAACAAGCUGUGGUCAUUACCUUCCCCACCUCACCCCUCUGCCAUUUUAGUGACGUCUAGCUCCAUAUCGCCCUCUGCUGGUGAAACAAUGCCUCAGGUGUGGAAGUUAUAAUUAGCUCCCUGCCUCUGAGGGCAUCCCAACUGCUCCUUCACAAGCAACAGAUUGUUGAUUUUGUCAACAAGAUAAAUACUUAGUAAGAGGAGCCUGGGAGGCGGUGGGUCCGGCAGCUUCUGGGCCCCAUUUUUAUGGCCUGCCUAGUCUUCCACCUUUCCAUUUCUGCUUACACUGUUUAAGAUUGGAGUGAAGGAAUUCUGCUUUUCCAACCCUGCAAGCUUCUGGAUUCUUAAUGGGCUUGGUUUGUAGGCAGCAAGCAGAAAGGACCCCUAUUAAGAAAACCUUUUUUUUUUCCUUCUCUGCUGACAAGCCAGUUUCAAAGCAAGCUAAACUCUUUCUUAAUGGACCUUACUGAACGAUGCUAGAAGUAACCAGUCCCCAACAUCCUGAAUUUUCCUUUUUGAUGCAACCUUAGUAGGCAAAUGGCCGUAGUAAAAGUAUAACAGGCCAUGAGUGUAACCAGUUGUGCUAGAUAUAGGUGUCCUCGCUGAGUUUGACCUUAGCUUGUGCCCUCAGCCAAUUCCAUUUUUGGGGGUCUGUUAUUUGCAGAAGGAGCCCUGGUGGCCCAGUGGUUAAAACACUCAGCUGCUAACAGAAGGAUUGGCAGUUUGAAUCCACCAGCAGCUCUGUGGGAGGAAAGACCUGGUUAUUGCUCUGCUCUUGUAAAAACUUCUGUCUAGGAAACUCUAUGGGGCAGUUCUACUCUGUCCUAUAGGGCUAAUAGGAGUCGGACUUGACUUGAUGGCAACAGGCUUAUUGGGUUACUUGCAACACUGUAGUCUGUAUCAAUUAGAGCUGUUUUCAGUUAUAAAUAUCAGGAAAGCUGACUCCUUCUGGCUUAAAUGAUAAAGGGAACUUAUUAGCUAACAUAACGGAAGCUUUAAGAGGUAGAAUUAGCUUCAGGCAAAACUUGAUCCUGUGGUCCUUGUGUCUUACCAUAAACUGUUUUCCUUUUGGAAUCUCUUAUCUCUCUCCAAUAUGAGAGCUUUAUCCACCACUAGCUACUCUAAUGAUACAAUAGCUUCCAGAAACUUCCAAUGCAAUGUGGAUCAUUAUUUCCUCUAGAGAAGAGAAAGUCUGUAUCCUCAUAUCUCCAGCAAAGAGCUUCAGGCUCACUUUCAUUGGUGUGUCUUAGAUUAGGAGCCUUAUCUCUUAACCCAGGGCUCAGCAAUCUAUGGCCUGUGCACCAAAUUUGACCACCAACUGUUUUUUUGUGGUGCACAAGCUAAGAAAUUUUUUUAAUGAUUGAAAAAAAAUUGAAAGAAUAUUUUGAAACACAUGAAAGUUGUGUGAAAUUCAAGUGUUUAACGUGUCUACAAAAACAGUUUUAUUGGAAGAUGGUCAGGCUCAUUUGUUUAUGUAUUGCCUAUGGCUCUGUUUUUCAGAGCCUGGUGGGGCAGUGGUUAAGAGCUUGGCUACUAACCAAAAGGUCAGCAAUUCGAAUCUACCAGCCGCUCCUUGGAAACCCUGUGGGGCAGUUCUACUCUGUCCUAUAGAGUCACUAUGAGUCGGAACCGGCUCCACAGCAACGGGUUUAUGGCUAUUUUCACACUACAACAGAAGGGUUCAGUACCUGUGACAAUGACUGUAUGACUAACAAAACUUAAAGUUGUUGCUAUUUGGCCCUUUACAGAACCUCUUAGUCAGUCAUUGUGUCUAGGGGAACGGAUGACUGAUUCAUUUGAGUCAAUCAAUAUUUAUAACAAGUGUUAUUAAUGGGCUCAAAACCACACAAACUACAAACCCACUGCUAUCAAGUCCAUCUUGACUCAUAGUGACCCUAUAGGACAGAGUAGAACUGCCCCAUGGCUGUAAGUCUUUUUUUUUAAUUUAUUUAUUGUGCUUUAGGUGAAAGUUUACAAAUCAAGUCAGUCUCUCAUACAAAAUAUACAUGCCCCUAAGUGCACUCCCAGCUGCUCACCCCAUAAUGAGACAGCACAUUCCUCCUCUCCACCCUGUAUUCGCGGUGUCCAUUCAACCAGCUUCUGUGCCCCUCUUCCUUCUCAUCUCGCCACCAGACAGGAGUCACCCGCAUAGUCUCAUGUGUCUACUUGAGCCGCGAAGAUCACUCCUCACCAGCAUCAUCGUCUAUGUUAUAGUCCAGGCCAAUCCCUGUCUGUAGAGUUGGUUUCGGGAAUGGUUCCAAUCUUGGGCUAUGAAAGGGUCUGGGGAUCAUGACCGUCAGGGUCGCUCUGGUCUCAGUCAGACCAUGAACCCUGGUCUUUUUACGAGAAUUUAAGAUCUGCAUCCCACUGCUCUCCUGCUCCAUCAGGGCUUCUCUGUUGUGUUCCCUGUCAGGGCAGUCAUCAGCAGUAGUCAGGAACCAUCUAGCUCUUUGGAUCUCAGGCUGAUGGAGUUUCUGGUUUAUGCGGACUUUUUGUCUCUUGGGCUCAGAUUUGCCUUGUGUUUUUGGUGUUCUUCAUUCUCCUUUGCUCCAGGUGGUUCGAGACCAAUUUAUGCAACUUAGAUGGCCACUUGCUAGCAUUUAAGACCCCAGAUGCCUCUCACCAAAACAGAAUGCAGACCGUUUUCUUAAUACAUUUUGUCGUGCCGAUUGACCUAGAUGUCCCCUGAAACCAUGGUCCCCAGGCCCCUGUCCCUGCUACUCUGGCCUUCGAAGCUUUUGGUUGUAUUGAGGAAAUUUCUUUGCUUUUGGUUUAGUCCAGCCGUACUGACUAUCCCUGUGAUAUGUGUUGCCCUUCCCUUCACAGAGAAAAAUUUUUGUCUACUGUCUAGUUAGUGAAUAUCCCUUUUCCUCCCUCCCCACCGUUGUAACCAUCAAAGAAUAUUUUCUUCUGUGUUUAAACUUUAUCUGGAGUUCUUAUAAUAGUGGUCUCAUACAAUAUUUGUACUUUUGCAAUUGACUAAUUUCACUCAGCAUAAUGCCAAGGCUGUAAGUCUUUACGGAAACAGACUUGCAAAAUACAAGAGGGGGUAAUUUUCCAAAUGAUCAUUUAAAAGUUCUUUUAACUGAGAAAGAAAAGAUGCUGGGGAACAAACAAGUAUUUACUAAAUGUGCAGGACUUUCUUAUAUUAAUUUUUCUUUAUUCAUGAAGAAUAUUUGUUUUGGGUUUAUAUUGCACCAUAUUCCCCCUCCCCGCAAAUUUGGGAAACCAUCUGGACCUUUCUUUUAACGGUCUACUCCAUUUUUUCCAGCAAUAGGUCUGUUGCUCUUCUGUACCUUCCAGAAUUACCUCAUUGAUUGUAAAGGAUUUUGAUUGGGUUGUAUCCUGUUGUCCCACAAACAAUGGCUACUUCCCCAAUCUGAGGCUAAAUUACCAGCAAGGAUUUUACAUUUUUAACUAAGUCACCAACAACUGGGGCAGACAAUUCUUCCAGGGCAUUCUAUAUAUAGAAAGAGGAAGGAGAGGGAAUUGUCAGCAUUGCGAAUGGCCAGCCUAGUGGGUGCCACCUCUGUGGAGGAGAGGUCAUUACUUCUCAUCAUCUUUAUGCCCAGUGAAGGGGUUUCAAGGGGGGAACUUAUAAAAACUGGAAGUUCCUGCUAGCAAGGUGACUCAUUUCCUGUUGGAUAUCUAUUUUUGCAGUGAACUUGUUGGUUUACCAGAGUCAACUUGAGCAGGGAAAAAGAAAACAGGAGAAAGGAGACAGGGCAUACCUGGAUGGUGUUAAUGGUUAAUGCACUCGGCUGGCUGCUAACCAAAAGGUUGGAGGUUGGAGUCCACCAAGAGGUGCCUCAGAACAAAGGCCUGACAAUCUACUUCCAAAAAAUUAGCCAUUGAAAACCCUAUGGAGCACAGUUCUAUUCUGACACACAUGAGGUUGCCAUGAGUUGGGGUCAACUCAAUAACAACUGUUUUUUUAAAAGCACGGUGCAUAAUUUUUAAGAAAGCUUGAUAUAUGAAGAAAAAAAAAACAACUUGGGUGCAUGAAUAUAUAUCAAGGACGUUUCACCUUGGUGGUUCACGAAUUUACCUAGU